AUGAUAUACAAGAUUAUCGUCGAGCUGAAGGAGAAUUCAGACUCUGUGGGCGACUACCAACUCAUGUUGAUUGAACUCGAAGCCCUUGACCGAACGCUGAAAUCUGUCGAGCAGUUCCUCGACAAGACAGGGAAGUUCGAAGACUCGUUGGGACCGUCGAAUACGAAGAAUCGUUCCUUCUCGUCAAUAACCCAGCGAUUGCGUUGGUCGACCAAGUAUAAAGAUGAAACUAGGGCUUUGAGGGCAAGGCUUACGCCCAAUCUUGCCACCAUCACAGUCCUUCUCAUGACUCAGACCGUUGAUACUCUGUCGAAUGCGGAGUCGGAUCGCUUCAAAUUGGCACAAGAGCUCAAAGAUAAAUUUUCUUCACAGUCUUGCAUCCUGACCGCACUGAGGGAUUCAACGUGCCGCAUCGCGAGCGGACAGGAUAAUCUUGCAACCCAGCAGUCGCAUGUCACCACUAUGGCCACAACCCAGGGCCAAGUCCUGCUGUCUCUAGAGUCAAAAGUUUCCGAACUUUUGAAAAGCAAUGCUGCAUACGACUUGCAUUUGAGUAGCGAAACGGCAAUCCUGAAAGACGUCCAGGAGAGCUGUGCACCCAAAAACACUCGGACCCAGGAAGGCAUGGCAAUCGCCACUCCACCCUUCAAGAUACGACUGAAAUCAAGUCGACAAUCCCAUCUCUUCUCGGACGAGUUCUGGAUGUCCUCGACGAUGUACUGGCGGGUGUUUCGAAGAUGCAAGAUAUCACGACAUUAA